AUAAAAUCUCACUUCAUUUCUUUAUUUAUUUUUUAAUUCUUUUUUUCAUUUUCAUCAAUCAACAUUUAAUUUUCUUUCUCCAUCAUAAUUAAUUCUUCUUUCAGAUUAACCACCAAAGACUUUAUUGUGAUAAACAAUUUGUGAUUCUUUUCAACAGAUCAACAGACUAAUUAACUAAUAGUGAUCGCGUUUCAAUCACCAUAUUCAGUCUUCCAUCUCUCUCAUUGAUGGAUUAAUCUUCCAAUAAACACUCGGAAUCACCAGAACUCUAGUCUGUUCACUGUUUCAAUUUCACUACCUGUUAAUUGACUCUCAUAUUUGCUAAAUCAGUGAAAAGGCUGCAAUCAACGGUUCAUUGAAUUUCGUUCAAAAUUUUCAAUCGAUUAAUCAAAGAAACAGUAAAUUAAACAAUAGUGCCAAGAUCAGAAAAUUAUUUACUUUUCUGUGCCUUCAUAUUACUCUUAUAAGAGGUGUUUUUUUUCCAACAACAAUUUAAUUGGUCUCCAUUUAAUCACCUGACUUGAUUCUGUGAAAUUAUGUGUUUCAAUUCAUCGGCUACUACCAACACUUAAAAUCUUUACAUCAUAUAGGAGAUUCCAACCAGUACAUCUUUAUGGUCUGUGUGUAGUUUUUGGUUAUAAACUUUGAUUUUUUUUUUUGGACAAAAGACAAAACAAUAUGAGUGACAUGAUUGUUCAGUGUUUCACUUGCUGUGUAACUCAACAAACACGAUCGAAGAGGCGUAGAAGAAUUGAUAGAUCCAUGAUUGGAAGCCCUACGAAUUUCAAACACACCGCUCAUGUUGGAUUUGGAGAAAUGUCAUCUCAUAUUGAUGAUCUCCAAAAUCAACUGGCAUCUAAAGGAGGCUACGAAUAUGCAAUGCCUGUUAGUGUAAAAUAGCAAUUAUCAUCCAUCUAUCAAUAUUUAACUACGUUUUUAACCGAUUCAAAAUCAUCUAAAAUAAUUUCUCCCUGCUACAUGAAAAGAAAAUUAACUCAUUCUCUUAGGAAUAAAAAGCCAACACAAUUAAACCAAAUUCUCUUCGAUUCUUGGUCAACACCUAAUCCACCGUUCAUUUGGGCCCUCAGAAUCUUUAUCCUAAUAAUAGAAUCAAUUCAAUCACCAACACCAACAAUCAGAUUUAUAAGAAGACAACAAACAAACGGACAACCACAUAUACCAUAAAUUUCAUCUCAUUGAAGGAUUUCCAGUGAUGCCAAAAAAACCUUGGAGUAACUUUAAAACUUUGGUCUCUCUCUCUCGUUUGUCGAGCUGCAAAAUCGGAUCAUUUAUUGGGCCUAAAAAGUUUUUCGCCAUUCUCACAACCUUUUCUAAAGCGUUAAAGUAACAAUCCUCACCAUUUAUGACCUUUUUUAUCGUUGGUUUUAUCGUAAUGAUGAUGUCAAUUCUUACAUUGAAAGAAACCAAUUAAUAUGCAUACGUAUGAAUAAGCAUAAUAUCUCAUGAAAAUGUGCCUCUUUUGGUCCAAAUCUCUUCCAAUUUUCAGUUGGUUUUCAUUUUCUUCUUUUUUUCUAUUGAUUACCUGAAUAUAUCCUACCUGUGGCUGCUGCUGCUCAUCAUCUCAAUCACAUUAUCAUCUCCGUUGAACUUACUUGAUAAAGAAACAAAGAAACAUCAUCUUCCUAUUCACCACAAUACAAAAAAGUUGAUGAGUCCAUUGAGCUCUAGUCUUCAACACGGGUGCUUAGUGGAUCUAAAGUGACUCAAAGAUGUAGAUACAAUUAACAAAGAGAUAUAACAACAAGAAAGAAAGAUGAAACUGUGAAAACAUCAAAACUCAAGCCAUAUGAUAAAAUUAAUUGUGUGUUAAAAAAGGAAACCCAAAAAUCAACUUGAUCAUCUAUUAUGAAAUUAGUCAACAUAUUGUUUUCCCAUUAUCAUCAUCAUCAUAAUCAUCACCCAUCAACAACAAUUUAACCUUGUUCACUACUUACAACAAUCAAAGGAGUUUCCAUGUUACAAUAAUAUUAUAAAAAGGGAAUCUACUACAAUAUAUUAUAUAUAUAUAAAUGUUAUCAAUUGCAGUUUAAAUUAUCAACAUUAAUUUACUUGAAAAAGGAUACCUGAUAUUGAAGCAACGAAACCGAAAUUAAAUCCAAUUACUACACACAAGAGACAAUUAGUUACCUAAACGUGAUAAAAGAUUUGUUGAUAUUGGAACUAAUAUUUUACCUUUGGAUUCUUCUCAAUUUCUCUUUCAUUCACUUUCUCCUAUCAUCAUUAUCAUCUUCAUCCUCUCAUCAAAAGCCAUCAUCUUAUAUUAUUAUUAUAAAUAGUUAUAUUACAACACACUAAUUAAUUAAAUUUGAUUCUCUCGAUGACAUUCAUGGAAAAACGAAAACCCUAACUUACUUGUACUAAAAACAAACUGUUAUUAUUAUAUUGUGGAUUUGAUUGAUUAACUAAAUUGCUCCACUGAUUUAGAGACAGAAAA